AUGGCGGGGGUCGUCUUCCAAACCUACCGGCCAGCGCCGCCGCGCGGCCCCGACCUCGUCGUCGCCGGCCCCUCCUCGCAGCGACAAUCCCCAACGCAGCAGAUUGAGCUGCAGCCGAUGAUGACGCCCGCCGCGUACCCACCACCGCCGCCCGCGUCCCGACGACAACCGCCGCCGCCACCACCACCACCGCCGUCGCUCUCGCACGACCUCGUCAUGGAGAGGGCGCUGCCGCGCGCCUCCCACCGCUACGGGCUGUCGCAGGCCAUCGCGCGCAGCGUCAGCAUGAGCCUGGCGCUGGCCGGCCUGGCGAGCGCGCUGUACCUGGCCGCGCGGUGGCGCAUAAAGCGCGGCGUCGCGGGCGUGGCGAUUGGGGCGAACGCCGUGGCCAUCCUCAUCGACGCAUUCAUGCUCAUCGACCUCAUCAACACCAACCUGCCGCGCGUCUCGCCCUACGCCAUCGGCGGCCUCGACCUGGUCAUGAUGGCCGCGGCGCUGACGGCGGGCCUGUUCGUCGAGCUCUCGGACGAGGGCUACGAGGACGACCCGGCGCCCUGGCGGCACGUCAUGGUGGUCACGGCGGGCCUGACCUGGGCGACUGCGGGCGUGCGGCUGGUCUACGUGAUAUGGAGCAUCCUGGACUGUCGCCGCGUGCGCAAGACGAGGCAGGACAUGCAGAGAAACUACGUAUGA